CAGAUCAUUUCCACCGCAGUGAUGUGUGGUUUGUGAUGUUAAUGAAGGCCGUCGUGGAAUGGGGCGUAUCUGAGAUCUUGCACCACCCACUGUAUUGUCAGGACCUCCCACUUCUCUUGCUCUAUUCUGUUGGUGUGAGUUUACAGAUAAAGAUUACCAAUUGCUCUUCACCACCCAUCUGCGGUGAAAGUAUGGGUUGAUACGUAAUCAGUUCAGCCCUUCUGGAUGUUUCCAACGCCUGCCCGACAUCGACGUGCGCAGGGUGCUCGGGCCGACUCUCCAAAUGGUUAACAUCAUUAUCUAGGGAGGCAGUGCCCUGAGAUGGUGGGACCAGAGGAUAUUCAUGAAUGUUUGUGGGCGCCAAAGGAGAGAACAUUGCACUGCCACUGAAUAUAUUAAAUGCUGUCUUGGCACCUGCAAGUACCAUGGUUAUGUUUAAGAUAUAACGCAGUCUUCUCAGGCAUAACAUGAACUUUACUACCUAAGGCAUGAGGUAGGUGUCAAUUUCUCAUACUUUGUUCAGCCUCCAAAAAUCACUACAGGAGCAGGAGGAGACAUCCAGCUCCAAGAGUAUGACAAUGAGUUUAGAUCAUGAGCUCGAGGCUGUUUUUCAUCAGGACGUACUGAAUUUGGAGAAGCAGGCAUUUGGGAGUAAUCCCUCUACCACCAGGGCCUGCGUCCUGUAAAGUUAAAGGCUAUUGUUGGCCUGUUGAAUCCUCUUGCAGCUAGAUUUUUUUUUUUUUAAAACGUAAAAAAAACACGCAAAUACUGUGUUUCAAACUACAAUACCCAUAAUGCUUCAAGGUGUUAUAGGUCAGGGGAUAUGACUUAUGUGUUAUAAGCAAGCUUAGUCGAGAGGUGUUACUGUGUGUGUGUGUCAGUCCUUUAACGAGCUGUUGCUAAUAAUAAAUCCUCUCUGGAAAACACACAUUACACAAGCAUAUACGAGACGAACACAGAGGACAGACUGAGACGUCGACUUGAUUGAGAAAUGAAGAGACUCGUGGUCUUACUCUCACUGUUCUCCUCACCAAAGCUGAAAGACAAGGUUUGUCGGUCGCUUCUUAUUACUGAUCGUUUGAGUCAGUCCUGUUUAAACUUUAAUGUAAAAUGUUCACAUUUCCUGUGGAGUCCAACACUCAUCAUGUGGUCCUCAGUCCUGAGACGGAUAAGAUCUUCAGCACUCUUACUGUGUGUCUGCGUGCCUUCUCCGACAUUUCCAGAGCUCAGAGCCUUUUCUCACUUUCUCUGCCAUCGACAGACAAUGGAUUUUUAAUUUACAAGGCAAAGCAAGGGGUGUAUAUGUUAAAUAUAUUAGAUAAGGAUGACACGUUUUGGGGCUUGCAGGACGAAUCCAAUGCCUGGAAUUCAGUGUGCGCUACCUGGGACGCUAGCACAGGACUCGCUCAGCUGUGGGUCAAUGGAAUCCCGAGUUCACGAAAAGGAAUCAAGGCAGGAAGCUCUUUAACUGGAGCUCCAAAAAUCAUUUUGGGUCAAGAGCAAGAUUCUUACGGUGGAAAAUUUGACACUGCCCAGUCGUUUGUAGGGAUGCUGACUGAUGUGCACAUGUGGGACUCUGUUCUGUCUCCUCAUCAGAUCACAUAUUAUACAUAUGGUGGGACGUUUCAACCAGGCAAUGUUCUCAACUGGAACUCCUUAGAAUUCAGUAGUAAUGGGUACGUGGUCACUGAAAGUAAGGAAACUUCACAUAAAGCUGGUAGUGUUUAGACUCUAGAGUCAACUCAGACUAGAUGUCGUAUAAAAUCUGUUGUCUAGGAAUACUCUUUAUCGUAAGAUGAUACUAUUUCCACACGCGCACGUAUAUCGCGUGUCUUUUCGCCUUCUGUAAAGUUAAUUUGCUCGUGCUAAAAUUGUUGCCGGGGUGUGGACAGACACUGACGUGUGAAUCUGUAAAUAUUUAGAGAAUAAUAUUGUGGCGUAUUGUUAAAACUACUCUAAGGCUUUGUCCAGAAGACUUAUUGUCACACAAUUUUGCUGAGUCGUUUGAACCGGUAUUACGUUACGGUAUUACAUAUCUACAUUCAAUAAAUAUUUCACUGCAAUCACAUCAGCUUUAACCUCUUGGCAGAGGUAGUCGGUUGUUUCUUCUUUUCUUCAUGAUCGUCUCUCGUCAAGUUGUGGAGAAUUUUAUUUACCCAUAGGUCCAGCAUGUGGUUUGUGACGUUAAUGAAGGGUGCC